AUGCGUAUUGAAGAAGUAACAAGUACGACAAAGUCUCAGAGAAUUGCAGCCCAUAGCCACAUCCGUGGGUUGGGUUUAGAUGAAAAUGGCCUACCCAUUCAAAAUGCGGCUGGGUUAGUUGGGCAGAUGGACGCACGUGAGGCUGCUGGCUUGAUAGUUGAAAUGAUCAGGUCCAAGAAGAUGGCUGGUCGAGCCGUUUUAAUGGCUGGUCCUCCUGCAACUGGCAAAACUGCAAUCGCCCUGGCUAUUUCUCAAGAGCUCGGCAAUCGUGUUCCAUUUUGUCCAAUGGUUGGUAGUGAAGUGUUUUCGUCAGAAAUUAAGAAGACCGAAGUUCUUAUGGAAAACUUCCGCCGAGCAAUUGGUCUACGUAUUAAGGAGGUAAAAGAAGUUUAUGAGGGCGAGGUUGUUGAAUUGAACCCUGUUGAAACUGAAAAUCCAACUGGUGGUUAUGGAAAGACUAUUAGUCACGUAAUUAUCAGCCUGAGAACGGUUAAGGGUGUCAAGCAAUUAAAACUGGAUCCUUCUAUUUAUGAAAGCAUGCAGAAAGAGCACAUUGAAGUUGGCGAUGUAAUUUAUAUUGAAGCGAAUUCUGGUGCUGUUAAGCGUCAGGGUAGAUGUGACGUAUACACCGCUGAGUAUGACCUGGAGGCAGAUGAAUAUGUUCCACUUCCCAAAGGUGAUGUACAUAAGAAAAAGGAGGUUGUUCAGGAUGUUACUUUGCAUGAUCUGGAUGUCGCAAACGCAAGGCCCCAGGGUGGGCAUGAUAUUGUCUCAAUGAUGGGUCAGAUGAUGAAACCAAAGAAGACUGAAAUAACAGAUAAACUGCGAAAGGAGAUUAAUAAAGUUGUUAAUAAAUAUAUCGACCAAGGAAUUGCUGAGCUUGUACCCGGAGUUCUUUUCAUUGAUGAAAUUCAUAUGUUUGACAUCGAAUGCUUCACUUAUCUGCAUCGAGCUCUUGAGUCUACAAUUGCCCCGAUUGUCAUUUUCGCUACAAAUCGCGGGAAGUGUCCAAUUAGGCAAGUUGAUUCUGUUAUUAUUUUUAAUUUCUCUUACUUCCAAGCAUGCGCUUUUGCAAUUAUCCCAGGAGCUGAAGAUAUCAUUUCCCCUCAUGGUUUGCCAUUGGAUCUUUUGGAUCGUGUGAUGAUUAUCCGAACAAUGCCUUAUACUUUUGCUGAAACUCUGGCCAUCCUUCGAAUCCGAGCUGAGACGGAACGACUUAAGGUUUCUGAGGAAGCGUUUCAACGUCUUGCUACUAUUGCUUAUGACUCGACUUUAAGAUUUGGAAUUCAAUUACUGACACCAGCGUCAAAGCUUGCCCAAUUGACUGAGAGUGAAGAAAUCAAACCUGAGCAUAUUGAUGAGACGGACUCCUUGUUCCUAAAUGCAAAACAGUCGGCAAAAAUUUUGGCUGAGCACGAAAGCAAGUUCCUCAAAUAG